GCAAACGAGAAACGAACUGUCAAAUUUGCCUCCACAUAGGUUUUCCGCGCAAAAAAAAUCUAUUACAUUUAGGCUUUAUUUUCAAUUAAUAUUUGUUUUCCUAAUUUAACGUUUUUCUUAAUAACAAUAUGUUGAGAUAAUGGCUUAUCUUUAACAAGUAGUAAAGUAAUAAAAGUGAUAUUGUUUCGAUGGUUUAAAUUCGUUUCUACAUUGACUACCGACGUCGCGACGCUGCUAUUUUUAAACAUAAAAGUGAAUUAGCCAAGGAUAUAGCAUAUAGUCUAAUAUAGUAUAUUACUGAACGACCCCACUUGAGUGCUUUGGAUAUUGAAACUGAUGGGGAAAAGUACGCGAAUUGUAGGUCUAAAUUUGUGGAUACUGGUCAUCGGAUGCAUACUCUUAGUACCGUAUGGAACACUGGCUUCAUUUCUGGACUAUAUUUGGCCGCCCCAAGACAAAGACAAACCAAGCACCGCGAUAAACCUCUUUCCUACCGUCCCGUACGAAGUAUCCGAAGGAGACGAAGCUUUCCUAAAAGAAGCUUCCAAAUGGAUCGGAUUAAAUCUGUCCAAGUUGGACCUGUGCCAUCACCGGGUAAUUCUCAAGUUGAAAAAUGCCUGCCACCAGUUGAAUGCGGAGCAGCUGGGAAAAUUGGCAGUUAUGUUGCUGAAUUGCCAAUCGGAUUCCGAGGGGCGGAGGAUAUAUCAAUGUGACGAAAACAUGUCACUGAAAGAGUGCACCGGUGAUAUGGACCCGGACACGUGGAACGCCUAUCACCUGGUAACGAAUCGUGCAAAAGCGGUCUGCUCGAGCGUAAGGCAUGAUCAAUUUCGCGGGUUGACGGAAAUAACAGUAAACAAGCUGAUGGAUACCGCCCACGAACAGAUACAGAUGAUGGGUCAGCUAGCGGAGAACCAGAAAGAGUUACAAAGUGUGACACAGGAAGCGAUUGAUGAAAUGGCUUCCAAUAACGAUAAGAUCAUUAGCCAGCAGGGAAAUAUUAUGAGGUUGUCGGAGGCUCACCGGGCGAAAGUAGAAUCGAAUUUUAGAGAUCUUGUUCGAGAGAAGAGUUUGAUUCGCGCUGGACAACAGGAAGUGGCUAUUUUACUAACCGAUUUGCGGAAUAGGAUCGAUGAGAGUGUUAAACAACUCGAUCAACAGUCGAAGAGAAGUAAACUUAAUCAUGCUUCUUUGCUGUCCGAUAUGGAGAGUUUGCAGAAAAGUGCUGCUACUAUUGCUACAAAGAUAGACGAGACUGGGUCGCAUUUCGUUUCACAUCAUCGAGCUGCAGAGCAGCAGUUUCAAUACACGUUGGAACAACUUGAAAAAAUUAACAGGACCGUAGAUAACAUGCUGGCAAUGAUUGGGGCACUUCAGAAAGAUUUCGAUCAGAAAUUAUCCUGGAUCACCGAGAAAAUCGGUGGCAGUGACUAUGUUCUUCAAAAGAUUAACUCCAUUGUGAUUCAUUUUUGUUACCUUAUAUUUGGUAUGAUCUGCUUAUCUUUUGUUGGAGCCGACAAAUUUGUGCGAGUUUUCUUUAUUUUGGUUGUGCCGGGCAAUCUGCUCGGAAAUCUAUUGGAUAUGUUUGACUCAAACGUUCUACGGUUAACGAUUGUCCUCAGUAGUUUUAUUCUGGCUGAUUUGAUAUGCCGGCUAGCUCUUCGUAUCUAUCGGGGGGAUAUUUUUCGAAUGGGCGGAGCGGAUCAAACGGAUUCGCGACGGCGACAGCAAAGAGAAGUUUCGCAGGCACCUCAAACAAGUUCGGUCGGUCGUUCGAGCUUAAACGUAACUGCAGAGCAAAAUGAUUAUGAAGAAGAUGACGAAGAAACGGCAGCAAAUGAAACAAUGUUAUUCCUGAAUUCUUUUCGGUCUAGAUUUUCCAGGGAACGCUCCGUUACCCCACUGGCAAAUGGAACAACACGAAGCACGACACCCUCCGAUAAUGCAGCGAGCGAUGAUCGAGCACAGUGUAACGCUAGAACGCUGCGAGGUGAUCAGUGCCGCAGUACGGCGCUUGCAGGGAGGGAUUUUUGUAGGAUUCAUGACCAGAGGGGGUUGUGAGAUUUAAUUUCUUUUUCAUUUUUAGUAGUUAGAUAAUACAACGGGUCAUGUUGAAUAUAUGGGCCUAACAGAGAAUCUCAGGGCAUUUAAAUUUGAUUGAAGAAAGAUUGCUUUCAACUAUGAUGGAUGAACAAAAUUGACUAUAUUCUUAAGUUUUCUCUCUUCCUAUUAUUUAAGGGAAAUGUAAUUGAACAUAACGACCACAAUUUAAACUUGAAAUGUAUGACUUUGAACUCGGAUUUUUUUUCCAUAUUGAAAGAUCAUAUUGCUUUCGCAAUUAGGAGAAACUGAUAAAUUUGGACCUUCGAAGGUAAGUCCGAGCGAAAAGUAUGAUAAAUUGACACAUAUGACAAGCAUUCACUCUGACAGUUCGACUAAGUCCUCAUACAUUAAUCAUUUCAAAACAGCCAAAUUGUUUUUCUUAACAGAUUUUUUUUAAUUUUGGGUGUUCCUUGAUUGAUGCGAAACUUCAAAAUAAGUUAUUCUUUUAGCAGGGAUAUUAGUUAUUAUUAAUUAUAUUACGAUUACCAUUAUGUUUUAUUGCUAACAAACAGGUACAGUAGAGCAAAUGCCUUAUUUCCUCGCAAAUAGUUAACAUACGAGAAAGCCAAUACGCAUACAGGAAAUUCUUUAAGAAAGCAUAGGCGUAGCAUAGAAAUUUACUGUAGUUACUAGAGUUGUUUGUAUAUAUUAUUUUGUUUUAUAAAUAAUCUUUUUCGUUAUAAUCUCAAUAAAUUGAUUUGGAAUACACUGAAAA